AUGGCGGCGUUCCGAUCGGGUAUUGCGAUAGCACAGUCGGAUGGGAGCGAGGACAUCGAGUAUUUGAAGGAGAUUUACGGGUGCGUUCCGGCGUAUCUGGCGAGGUUUGUUUUGUGGCAGCACGCAGUGUCGCUGUGCUUUCUGCGCGCCCCGUCGUACGCCAACGCACUGUCGGCAGCAUUAUAUAAAGUCGGCGCAUUUUUCCAGCAGGAUUGGCUAGUUAGUGCGCGUCUUGAACAGAUGGACAGCAUUGGAGCGCUGGUCCGGACUGGCACAAUUGCGCUAUUGCAUCUGUGGUCGGUGGAUAUUGGAACUGAGGCGCGGUUUUUUGACAAGUAUGUUGCGCUGCUGCUGCCACAUACCAACGGCCGUCGGGGAGGAGACUCGUUCUGGCAGCAGUUUGUGCCGGCCAGCAUGCUGCAGGAUACGCGAGCAUAUAGAAAGGCAGUGCGUGGCAAUGACUCUGGCACUGACGACGACGUUUCUGGCUCACAGACCGGCACGCGGAUAUCGCGGUUACGCAAAGUGGGUGGCGCGGGUCCGCGAGCCACGUGA